AUGGUGGUGUUGGUACUAGGAUUAUUGUUGUGCACCUUUGCUGUUACUGUUGCAGGUAGCAAACAUGUAAGCAUCAAGAACAAACUAGGAUCUGGGAAAGAUAAUGAUAUGGGCAAGCAAAACAUUGAAGAUGGGAAUGAAUUUGGGUGGGACUUCUCUGACAAUGUUUUUGGGACUACCAUAUUUUUCUGUGAUUUGGCAUGGGAGAGAGUCCAGCAGUAUUAUAUUGAUGCUUAUUCCUUUGGAAGAGACUUGGUGCGAUGCAAGAGUGGAUGUUCAUGA